AUGAAUCCUCCUCUCCGCAUUUUGGAACACCAAGCAAAUGCCCGUAUGAGGCUCUUUCCCGACCCGCUUUAUGUAAUCGAAAGACCAGCAUCCAAGCUCGAGCCUCAUGAGGACGGAGAUUCGGCACCGCAUAGAGCUUCAUUUUACGAGAGAGAAAUGCAACGACCUGGGGAUGAAGCGUUCGAGUCUGGGGCAAGAAUCGCCUCUUGUCUAGUCAUCGGGUGGACCGUACACGACCAUAUCUCUGACCCACAGACUCUUCCUCCGCGACUACAAAGAUCGGCCUCAUUCUCGGUUUCUUCCUCUUAUCUUGCCUUUUUCUUUAUAUUGUGUCCAUUCCUCCUUUUGUCUCUCAUCAUCUCUCUCUCCAUCUUCAACCCCCAUACUACAAUCACCAUGGACCAAAUUCACCAGACUGAGCAACAGGCUCCCACAGACAAGAAGAGACACUCAGUACCAGACAUGUUCGACAACAGUGCAGGCGAGAUCGCCGUUUGCGACAUGGAGAAGCAAAAGGCUGCAGAGGGUAACGCCCAUUUCCACCGUCUUGGAUGGAAGAGAUUGACGGUCGUUUUGAUCGUCGAGGCUAUUGCCCUUGGAUGCUUGUCGCUUCCCUCUGCUUUCGCUACUCUUGGCAUGGUUGCUGGUGUUAUUCUUACUGUCGGUCUCGGCUUCGUUGCCAUCUACACUUCUCACGUCGUCGGUCAAGUUAAGCUUGCCUACCCCCAGGUUUCUCACUAUGCCGAUGCUGGAAAACUCAUGUUUGGCAAGUUCGGAUACGAGCUCGUCGGUGUCAUGUUCUCUCUCCAACUCAUCUUCCUCGUCGGAUCCCACUGCUUGACAGGAACAAUCGCCUUCCUCAACCUUACCGAUAAUGGAACAUGCUCUGUUGUCUUUGGUGUCGUCUCCGCGAUUAUCCUCCUCAUUGUCGCUAUCCCUCCCUCAUUCGCCGAGGUUGCCAUCCUUGGUUACAUCGACUUUGUCUCCAUCAUCCUCGCUGUCGCCAUCACCAUUAUCGCUACCGGUAUUCAGGCCAGAGAUUCCGUCGGUGGUAUGUCCUCUGUCAACUGGUCAGCCUGGCCCAAGGACAACCUCAGCUUCACCGACGCCUUUAUCGCCAUCACCAACAUUGUCUUUGCCUACUCUUUUGCUGUCUGCCAAUUCAGCUUCAUGGAUGAGAUGCACACCCCUGGCGACUAUGUCAAGUCUAUCUGGUCUCUUGGUCUGAUUGAGAUUGGUAUCUACACUCUUACCGGUGCUCUCAUCUAUGCCUUUGUCGGCCAGGAUGUCAAGUCUCCCGCUCUUCUCUCUGCCGGUGACCUCGUCUCCAAGAUCGCCUUUGGUGUUGCCCUUCCCGUCAUCUUCAUUUCUGGAUCCAUCAACACCACAGUCGUUGGUCGCUACAUUCACGGGCGUGUCUUCAAGGACUCCAUCAUCCGCUACAUCAACACCAAGAUGGGCUGGAUCACUUGGUUGGGUCUCGUCACUGUCAUCACCAUUGUUGCUUUCGUCAUCGCCGAGGCUAUCCCCUUCUUCAACGAUCUUCUGUCCAUCUCCUCCUCCCUCUUCAUCUCGGGUUUCACUUUCUACUUCCCUGCCAUUAUGUGGUUCAUGCUCAUCUGCAAGGGACCCUGGUACUCCAAGGAAAACCUUCCCCUCGCCAUCGCCAAUGGUCUGAUCUUUAUCAUUGGCAUGAUUGUCCUUGUUGGUGGAACCUACGCUUCCAUUGACGACAUUAUCCUCAAGUUCCACCACGGUGAGGUCCGCGGUGUCUUUACCUGCGAACCCAUUGCUUAA